AUGAAGAGAGAAGAAGGGAAAGAAGAAGAACAAAAAGAGAAAAGGGAAAGGAGGAAAAUCAAGACUUGGCAAGAGGAUGUCGAGAGGGAUCUUAUAUCUCAAGAUCGCGAGACAAGAGGGAAAAGAAUGGCAGGGGUUUCAGGCCAAGCGGAGCACAAAGGUAGGAGUGGCCAUCUGGGCAGAGAGAGCAAAGGUGGAGUUCUCCUCCGCCGAGUGGACACAAAAGUGCACACAGACGGUGAGAAGCGGGCGUUUGGCCAUUGA